AUGGCCUUUGACAAGACAGGUCAAUGGACAUGGAAACAAUUCUUCAUAUGCUUCGUUAUCUGCAUGGGCCAGGUGGCUUUCGGGUACCCUGCAUCUGUCAUCGGAGUGACCCUGGCCAAAAUACCAUUCUUGACAUACAUGAACGUCGUGAACGCUGAAGGCCAAUUCACGUCCCAGGGCAAUGCUUUGAUCGGAGCAAUGUCUGGUGUUUUCCAGGCUGGAGGAUGCUUGGGAAUACUCAUGGUUACAUACAUCAUGGACAAAUGGGGUCGCAAAGCGGGCGUGCUUUUUGUGUCAGGCAUUGGCCUCUUCAGCGGGUCACUGGUUUGUGCCUCGCAAGGAGUCGCAAUGUUUCUCGUGUUUCGAUUCUUCGCCGGAAUGGCAUCGUGGGGCGCUCUCACAAUCACGCCGGUAUUCUCGUCCGAACUUGCUCCUCCAGCCAUGAGAGGUUUCUUCGCGGGCAUGAACGGAGUGUGUGUUGCAAUCGGCUACAGCUUCGCAACAUACAUGGGGUUGGCCUUCCACGACACGGGCGGAUCGUCUCUCGAGUGGCGAGGACCUCUUGCUCUCGCAGUCAUCUUUAGCUUGAUCCCACUUGCCAGUCUUUUAAUUGUUCCAGAGUCCCCCCGAUAUCUGCUGAUGGCCGGCCGCGUCGACGAAGCGAAGGCGGUAGUGCGAAAACUUCACGACGUUUCGCAUGCAGAUGAACAGCAUUUCGCCAUGGCGGAAUUCUACCAGAUGCAAAGACAAAGCGAAUUUGACAAGACUUUGGACGCCUCGUGGUCCCAGAUGUUCACACGGAAAUCAUAUCGAAAGCGUGCGAUUAUUGUUGCAGGAUUUUCUUUCCUGUCUCAAAGUACUGCUAUUCUUGGAUCUGUGAUUAUCGAUAAAGUCGGCCGAAGGCCAUUGAUCUUGAUUGGCUUCGCAGGAUGUUUAGUCACACUGUGUAUCGAAGCGGCAUUGGUGGCGACAUAUGCAACUCCUGUGCCAGAGGUCGAUCCGAAUAUGGUUGGGAUCCGUGCCGCGGUAGCCAUGCUCUAUGUAUUCCAAGUCUUCUAUGGAAUGGGAAUUGACGUACCGCUUUGGCCGUAUUGUGCUGAGCUCUUUCCCACUCAUAUGCGCGCAAAGGGCAUGGCCAUCUGUACAGCAACCGUAGCAUUGACUUCUUUGGUAUACCUUGAAGUCGCUAGCACUGCUUUUGCCAAUAUUGGUUGGAAGUUCUACAUGGUUUUCAUUAGCGUUACCGCUGUUGGUCUGGUGUGGAUCUAUUUCGCGCUUCCAGAGACGAAUGGACUCCCGCUCGAGGAAAUAGCGGCACUAUUUGGUGAUCAUGAUGAUGUCAUGGUCUAUAGUGAGGAUAUUCAGACUGGUACGAAUGCUGGUGAGCUGGUUAUCAAGCAGCAUGGUCAGAAUGAGAAGACUGUCGAUCAUACUGCGGAGAAGACUGAUGCUUCUACCCACCGUGAGGUGGUGGGAGUGGACAUCUAA